AUGGCGAGACCUUGCACAGACGGAGACGCGGCGGCUGCGGCGACGUCGUGUGCGCGCAAGCUUGUGCCCUGCUUUUGGUCUCUCCUCUCCACUGACUUCACUUUCCUGCACGUCGAUCCUGAGUACUUCGCGCGCGUUGGGGGGCACGCCGGUGGGCUCGUGAGCACGUCCCUCCUCGACUACGUGCACCCCCAGGAUCGCCCCUUCGCCCAUUCCGAGCUUGCCACCGCGGUGCGGAAGGAGACCUUGUACGGAACCGUGAUCCGGAUGCGCUGUCGCGACUUCGCGCGGCUAGCUGGCGUCGAGAUCGGCGGACCGGAGGACACGAGCCCAACCACCCCGGGUGAGCGCUACGCGGUGGUCGACCUCGUCGUCAACUGCGCGGCCGAGGGCGUCCUGCUGUGCUUCGUGCACACCGUCGAGGACCUCUGGACGCGCGGCGGCGAUCGCUGCGGGACCUCGGCGUUCGGUGCGGCAGUGAAGUUGGACCUGCAGUCCCCCCUCGCGUUGGAAGCCGAGCGGGCAGGGCCGGAUCCCGACGGCGCGACGCGCGUGCUGCAGAUCGUGGAGAACUCCCGGAGAGGGCGCUGGGCUGAGCUGGCCGCGGGGCGCUCGUCCGGAGCGGAGAAAGGUGGGGACUACGCGGCGUGCACGCGGCGACACAAGGCGUGCGGGACGGCCGUGCUCCCGUCGGGCGCGAGGAGGGAGGUGGAGAGCGUGUUCGUUCCGUACGGUGCGGUGAUUUCGUGUGUCAUAGGGUAG